AUGUAUGGUAACAAAACAGAUCAGUGUCCAAAUUGUAAAAAUAUUAUUCGACAACCUAUGUUUGCUUAUCAUUGUGAAAAUAAUAAUACCGAUGUGAAUGCAAUUGAUACAGAUGCUGAUUCUAUUGUCGAUAACUCUGUUGCUUCAUCAACAUUGCAAUCUAAUCAUUCAUCACUAUUUUCAACAAGAUUAGCUGCUGGUCACGAAAAGCAUAUCAUGACAAUGCAAGUUGAUCUUGAAAUGCUACCAAACAAAGAUAGUGACUCAUUUCAACGAUCAAGUUCAGGUAGGCUUUAG